AUGGUAAACGUUGCGGUGACGGUGGUGACGAUGGUGACGGUGGCGAUUUUACUGUUUGCGAAUUUUUUAACGGUGAACGUUUUCGCGAAUCCGAUAAGUAGUUCGACGUUCGAAAGAAAUGUUACCGUCGGAGAAGGAUUAACCCCUUUGCUCCGAUAUUCGGUGGUCGAUAACGAUAAACCCGUAGACGAAACAAACAUAUUUAGAAGAGCUAAAAUACGCGAGAUGAUGCAUCAUGCGUGGGACAAUUACGUGAGAUACGCAUGGGGGAAAAAUGAAUUGAGGCCCAUAACGAAAAGGGGACACACGGCAAGCAUAUUCGGAACGGGAGCUCUCGGAGCGACCAUCGUGGACGGAUUGGACACCCUUUACAUCAUGGGAAUGGAAAAAGAAUACGAGCAGGGAAGAGACUGGAUCGCAAAUCACUUUAACAUAUCUUCAAUUUCUUCGGAUCUUUCAGUUUUCGAGACAAAUAUCAGAUUCAUUGGAGGGUUUUUAUCAUGUUACGCACUCACCGGAGACACCAUGUUUCGUGAUAAAGCUCUCAAGGUGGCCGAAAGCCUUCUUCCUGCCUUUCAAACGCCUACCGGAAUUCCAAAUUCAUUGAUUAACAUCAAGACAGGCGCAAGUAAGAAUUACGGUUGGGCAAGCGGAGGCUGCAGCAUUCUAUCCGAAUUCGGAACUCUUCAUUUGGAAUUUUCAUACCUGAGUGAUGUUACCGGAAAUCCAUUGUUUCGCUCAAAGGUCGAUCAUAUUCGUCGCGUUCUCCAGAAAAUGGAUAAACCCAGAGGACUCUAUCCGAAUUAUUUACAUCCCAAAACGGGGAAAUGGGGACAACAUCACAUGUCCAUCGGUGCCCUGGGUGACAGUUAUUACGAAUACCUGUUGAAAGCCUGGAUUCAAAGCAAUAAGGAAGAUUACGAAGCGAGAGAUUUGUUCGACAACGCCAUGUCGUCCAUAUUCGAACACAUGCUCAAAGUGUCCACGGGGGGUCUGACUUACAUAACGGAUAUCAAAUACGAGAGACCAGAGCAUAAAAUGGAUCAUCUGGCUUGCUUUUCCGGUGGAUUGCUCGGACUUGCGUCGGUAUCGCUCAAAAACGAAAUAUCGGACAGGUACAUGGAAGUCGCGAAGGGGAUCACGAACACGUGUCACGAAUCAUACGAUCGUUCCGUGACGAAAUUGGGACCCGAAAGUUUCAGGUUCACGGAAAGCGUGGAAGCGAAAGCGAUUAAAACAAACGACAAAUAUUACAUUCUCAGGCCGGAAGUGAUAGAAAGUUAUUUUUACAUGUGGAGACUGACGAAGGACCAAAAAUACAGAGACUGGGGAUGGGAAGCCGUUCAAGCCAUCGAGAAAUACUGUCGGGUAUCCGGGGGAUACACGGGAAUAAAAGACGUCUACCUGGAAGACAGUCACAAGGACGACGUUCAGCAAAGUUUUUUCCUCGCCGAAACCCUCAAGUACUUGUACCUCCUAUUCAGCGACGAUUCGUUAUUAUCAUUCGACGAAUGGGUCUUCAACACGGAAGCUCAUCCGCUCCCCAUAAAAGGCGUGAAUCGACUCUACAGGGAAGCUCAAGACGUUAGAUCGAAAGUUUAG